CCAGUUCGCGUCUUCCCAUCCAGUUCAUUUGAUAACUUCAACAAUGGCAAAUUUUUCUGGAUGCGGAGUACUCCAAUUUGUUAAUAUUAAUAAUUGAAAUAAGUGCAUAAAGUGUUUAAAAACAAAAAAGGUGUUUAACUCGCACAUAAAGUGUUGAUAAUUCUUAUGCAAAUUAUGAAAAAAGUGAUGACUGAUAUAGCUUAUAAACUGAGUGAAAAAUAGUGGACAUGUUGAGAAGGAAAAUGUUUUUUCGGUGGUCGGUGGUGUCGCGAUCGUGGACGUCGAUGUCGAUUUUGCUUUUGCAAUGGAACGUUGCUAUUUGUUUCGGAUUGUGUAUUUUGAUUGCAUCAGCCACUUUGACUACGGCAACAGUCACGCCAGGCUCAGCAAAAAUUAAAACAACUGUUGAAAAUGCACAAAAUUUGUCAAAGGAAAAUGGGAAUAAUACCGAUGCAAGGGAGGGUGUUGCAACCGAACAAAUGCGAGUGUUUCGCCUGAGGGAGGCAUGCACUGAUUUGGCACGAGAUGAAGAAACAUUAAUGGUGUUCUCGACAUUAGGGGGCGGAUUAACAGCUAUCGAUCCGAUAACAAGUGAAAUACGCUGGACCAUAGCAGACGAUCCACCGAUACGCGCUGAACAAGAAGAAAAUGUACAAGCGCCACAAUAUUUACCAGAUCCUCGAGAUGGCAGCAUUUAUCAACUUAGCGACAUGGGUAACUUAAAGAAAUUGCCCUACACCAUACCUCAGCUUGUAGCCAGCGCGCCAUGCCGCUCAUCCGACGGCAUUUUGUAUUCGGGCAAAAAGAGCGAUACUUGGUUCAUGGUCGAUCCAAAGUCGGGUACCCGUAAGAAAGUUAUGGGCUUUGGACCUGGCGCCACCGAAGCAGAUGCCACACAAAAACCCACGGAAAAUGAGAAUAAGGCGAAGCGUGGCACUUCGCAGUCGAUUUACUUGGGGCGCACCCAGUACACUGUGAUGAUGUACGACAGCUUGGCGAAGGGAAAGAAUGCCAAGCCUUGGAAUAUCACUUUCUAUGAUUACAGUGCGCACACUAUGACGCCGGAUAUAUCGAAGGAGUAUGAAUAUCUGCACUUAACCACCACAUCCAAUGGUAAUAUAGUCACUUUGGAUCGCAAGAAUGGCAAGUUUUUGUGGCGACGCGAUCUAACAAGUCCAGUGGUCGCUGUAUUUCUGCUCGGUGCUGAGGGUCUACUUAGUGUGCCUUUCACCACGGUCUCCGACGAGGCAUUUGAAUCCAUAUUGGAGGAGUCCAAGACCGGCAAUGUGAAUACCGUCAAGUUAUUCCAAUCGCUGUAUGUGGGCGAGCAUCGUCAUGGCCUUUAUGCGCUGCCCUCGCUGGUAGACGAAGACACACCACGCAUCUCAGCCAGUCUCCCGAUAAAACUUUUGGAUGGUCCCAAUUAUGCUAACGAAGAAUCAAAUCCCAAAAUGAUUUACAUCAAUGAUGUUAUACGCAAGAAUGCUGGCAUUGUACUCGGCCACUACAAUAUGCCUACUGAUGGCAAUUUGCAAAUAUCACCCUCACCUUCGAAAGAGGAAACCAGUAAUGGCCUCGCCACCAUAAACCACUUCCCCGAUGUGGGCACUGUGGAUUCAAAUGGUUACAGUAUUAUCACAGGUUCGAGUAACGAAAAGAACUCUGCAGAAAUCGGUGUACAAACUGAGCCAGUAAUUGAAUUAAAAAUAGAGUCAACUAAUGCCUUCAAUAAGACAAAAAAAGUUAUCAUUGCGAAUACUAAUAAAAUACAAAAGUUCUUCAACGACUGGUUCAUGGAACAUCCGAGCGGUAAAGUGCAUCAGAUACUAAUUGUUUUGGUGUUGGCUAUGGUCGCCAUGUUCUGGUACAUGUGCAGCACGAUGCGUGAGUUGAAAAACCAAAGUGAAAAUGGUUCCAAAACGUACUCUUCCUCCAACAAGAGUAGCGGCGGCAGCAGCAACAUAAAUGCAUUGGACCUCAUCGAUCUGGGCGAUGGAAAUAUUCGCGUAGGCAAAAUUUCCUUCAACUCCAGUGAAGUGCUGGGAAAGGGUUGUGAGGGCACCUUUGUGUUUCGAGGCACAUUUGAAGAGCGCUCUGUGGCGGUGAAACGGCUGCUGCCCGAAUGUUUCACAUUCGCCGAUCGGGAGGUUGCAUUACUGCGCGAAAGCGAUGCGCACGAGAAUGUGGUGCGGUAUUUCUGCACCGAACAGGAUCGCCAGUUUCGUUACAUAGCAGUGGAGCUGUGCGCCGCUACGUUGCAAGAUUACACGGAGGGCGAGCGCAGCAAAGAACUGCGCACCCAAAUCAACGUUUGGGAGGUUUUGCGCCAAGCAGCAGCAGGCCUGAGUCACUUGCAUUCAUUGCAUAUCGUGCAUCGCGACAUCAAACCUCAAAACGUGUUGCUUUCACUGCCCGAUAUUAGCGGCACCGUACGUGUUAUGAUAUCCGAUUUCGGCUUAUGCAAAAAGUUGAAUUUUGGCAAGACAAGCUUUUCGCGCCGUUCCGGUGUUACCGGUACAGAUGGAUGGAUUGCGCCCGAAAUGAUGCGCGGACUGCGUACGACAACCGCUGUAGAUAUUUUUUCACUUGGUUGCGUCUACUACUAUGUGCUUACGGGUGGUCAUCAUGCGUUUGGCGAUGCGCUUAAACGACAGCACAACAUACUGGCGCACGACUACAAUUUGUCGAAAUUAAAGGUGGAUACAGACGAUGAUGAGAACAUGCCUGAAGAGGCGAGCAAAUUCAUUCUUGCUGAACAGCUUAUCGCAGAUAUGAUACAUAAAGACGCGCAAUGUCGUCCACUGGCGCGCUGCAUAAGCGCCCAUCCUGUCUUUUGGAAUAAUCAGAAGAUAUUGGCAUUUCUACAGGACGUCAGCGAUCGCGUUGAGAAAUUGCAAUUCCAUGUAGAGCCGCUAAAGUCGCUAGAGAAGAAUGGUCGUUGCAUAGUGCGCGACGACUGGAAUGCGCAUGUCGAUCCACUCAUAACGGAGGAUCUGCGCAAAUAUCGUGGUUAUAUGGGCGCUAGUGUGCGCGAUUUACUGCGCGCGCUGCGCAAUAAGAAACAUCAUUACCACGAACUCACGCCCGAGGUGCAACAAAAGCUCGGUUGUAUUCCGCAUGAUUUCACAAAUUAUUGGAUUAAUAAAUUUCCUGAAUUAAUAUCACACGCGUAUCAUGCAUUUAGUAUUUGUGCCGAGGAGCCAAUCUUCGGGCAUUAUUACAAUGCCGACUAUCACUUCAGCCGACCAUGGUAUUUCGAUGCGGACGACAAUCUUUUUCAAUCGCUGCAGCACGAUCCCAAGCCUUUGCAGAGGCAAGUAGCAGCGGGCGCUAAAGAUGGCAGCGCUAGUCCAAAACGUCCGCCGCGCACACCUGAAAAGCAGCAACAACUGAAGCAGCGCAAAGGUAUUUAUAAUUUUCGCAAAACACCAGAUGCCGCCGAAGGGGUUGGUGUUGGUUUGCAACGCAAUUUGGAUUUAGGGACAGCAGCGGCGGAAGAGGAGGACGAAGCUGGCGCUAAACGUGAUGUGUUUGCAAAUUUUAAAUUUCGUCGAAACUACGGGAAAUCGGCAAAUCGUAUUUAUGGAAACUUCAAUGCAAAUGCAAAUGCGAAUGCCAAUAAUGGUGGCAACAAAGAGAAGAAUGUCACAUGGACAUUGCCUGGUAAACAGGCCAAUGACGAAUGAGUAAGAAAUGUAUGCAUAGAGAAAAAUAUUACUUUAGUUUAAAUUGCAAAGUGCAUAUUUCGUUAAGAUACAUAAGUUAUUAGUGUUAAAGACGAUGAUGAUGUUUAUUAGAUGAGGAAGAUCAGCUAUUUCCUAGUAGCGUGCUAUGUAUGACAACGCAAACUCUUUUGAAUCAAUGUCCCCUGAUAUUUUUUGACUUAAAACUCAAUUAUUUUUUUUUUUUUUGUAUUGAUAAGAAAGCACUUUUCAGAUUAUGAUUUAUGAUUUUGAAAUCAUUGUUUCGAUACAGUUUACAUUCUACCAGUGUAGUAACAUUUUUCAUAUCUAGAGGCAGCCAAAUUGCUCUCGAUAGUGAUAAAUACAAGCCUGAGAGUACCUAGAUAGGCGUAAUACGAUAAAUGAGCUUAACUUUAACCACUACAAUAGGUAAUUGGAGCACAGAGGAUUAAAGGACAGUGGAAAAUGGCUGAACUAGCAAAAGAGGAAACAUCAGAAAUGUUACCAUCAAAAUGAUCCCAAAUGUCGGAGCUAUAUGUACCUUGAGUCUUUUAUAUAUGUCCACUAGUUGAUUUAGCUGCCGCCAUGGUUGAAUGGUUUGAGGUGCAUACUACCACGCCGUAGGAUAUGGGUUCGAUUUUGGCUUGACAGCUGACUUCGAACAAAACUUUGUGUGUUGGUAAUUAAGAUUCUGAUUAUAUUCUUUUCCGGUGUUUUUUUUUCGAAAACUAAAAAAAUCGCAGAACCAAAUAUUCUGUUAAACAUUACCGGCUUGAAUACGUACAAUGAGUUUAUCAUAAACCUACUAAAUCUAUUCUGGUUCCGUUUACCCAGAGGAAAAAGUUAUCCAUGACAGAAUUUACUCUGGGCGGCACUAGAAUAGGGCUCUCAAAUGAAGCAAAAUACCUGGGGGUGUGGCUGGAUAAGACACUCAACUGGAAUGUACAUUUGGAUGCAACCGUAAACAAGGCAAUGAUAGCCUUCUUCGCAUGCACGCGACUGCCCAUCACAAGAA